UUGCGGGCGGCUGCCGCUGCCUGGCAAAGUGAGAGCGGCCCCCGGCCCCCCUCUGUAGCUGCUCCUACGCCCCCUCACGCCAAGCUAGGCCUCAGCCUUCCCCUCCAUCGCUGAGGAAGAUGCUGCCUUUAUCCAUCAAGGACGAUGAGUACAAGCCGCCCAAGCUUAAUCUGCUCCACAAGAUGUCGGGGUGGUUCAGGUCGAUCUUAUCAGACAAGACAUCUCGGAACCUCUUCUUUUUCCUCUGCCUCAACCUUUCUUUCGCCUUCGUGGAGCUGCUCUAUGGCAUCUGGAGCAACAGUUUAGGUCUAAUAUCUGAUUCAUUUCAUAUGUUUUUUGACUGCACUGCUCUAUUAGCUGGACUUGCAGCUUCUGUCAUUUCAAAGUGGAGAUCAAAUGAUGCUUUUUCCUAUGGAUAUGUUCGAGCAGAGGUUCUGGCUGGUUUUGUAAACGGUCUGUUUCUGAUCUUCACAGCUUUCUUCAUUUUCUCUGAAGGUGUUGAGCGAGCGCUUGAACCUCCUGAUGUGCAUCAUGAGAGACUUCUUCCUGUUUCCAUACUUGGCUUCCUUGUUAACCUUAUAGGAAUUUUUGUGUUUCAACAUGGUGGGCAUGGCCACUCCCAUGGCUCUGGACAUGAGCAUAGCCAUUCAUUGUUUAAUGGGGCUCUGAGCCAUGGCCACAGUCAUGGAGGACAGAGCCACAGUCAUGGAGGACAUGGCCACAGUCAUGAUUCCAAACAAGGGCAUGAUCAUUCUCAUGAUCACAGCCACGGGCAGGGGCAGAGCCCAGGUUACUGCCAUGAUGAUCACCCCAUUGAAAUGUCUGGAGGAUCCAGCAAACAGAUUUUAGAAGGUGUAUUUUUACACAUAGUUGCUGAUACACUUGGAAGUAUUGGUGUAAUCAUAUCUGCGCUACUGAUGCAAAACUAUGGUUUAAUGAUAGCUGACCCUAUCUGUUCAAUGCUGAUAGCCCUGCUUAUAGGAGUAAGUGUUGUUCCACUUCUGAGAGAAUCCAUUGGAAUUUUGAUGCAGCGAACUCCUCCUGCAUUGGAAAGUGCUCUGCCUCAGUGUUACCAAAGGGUUCAGCAGUUGCAAGGAGUUUACAGUUUACAUGAUCCUCAUUUCUGGACCCUUUGUACUGAUGUUUACAUAGGGACUUUGAAACUAUUUGUAGCUCCAGAUGCUGAUGCAAAGUGGAUCUUAAGCCAAACUCACAACAUCUUUACUCAGGUUGGAGUGAGACAGUUAUAUGUACAGAUCGACUUUGCCGCUAUGUAGCAAAUAUCUUGAUGUUCUCUUUGGACCAAAGUUAUAAUUCUAAGACACUGUACUUCCUUUGGAACAGAGGCCCCUCUUCUCUACAGUUGUCCAAAAAUGAAUAGACUGCUGCCUUUUGGCUAAAUUAAGAAUGAAAAUUAAAAGGGCACCGUUCUGGACUACUUGGGAUUGACUUUUGUGAGCCCCAAACCUUGUGGAUUAUUUUCCAAGUUUGUUCCUGGGGCAAACUUAAUAAUAAUGUGGUAUUGCAAUCAUUGGUUAUGCUUUUUGUGAAGCUGCUGCUCAUUCCCACGAAGCCAGUGUUACUGCGGGGAGGGUGGAUAAAAAGGAAAUUAAUUUUGUUCAUAAUGUCACAGUGGCUGACAUUCUACAACAUAACUGUAUGUAAGACUGUUUGUACUUUGCAAACUUAAUGAACCAAACCAUAUUGGGUUUUCAGAGUGCCUUUAUAUCAAAGUAUCUGCCAGCACAGAUAUGGAACAUCGGGUUUUUUUUAUUAAUUUUUAUGGCUACUACAUGUACCCAAUAGGAUUCUUGCUUGUGAUUGCUGUGAUUUAUGUGUAAUUGCAUAAUGGUAGAUGUUGGACUCGCACUUAUUGUUACAUUUUAAACUUCCUUGGAGGUAACUCUUCAGUUUUACAAUGCAAAGGUAAAAUGAUUACCCAAAGCUUGUUUACAAAAUGUUUGACUACCAUGAAGUAAGUCUAGGCUGAUAGCACCUCAGCAUUCUGACAGUAAUGAGAAAUUACUCUGCGGCCAUUGUGCUAAAGGUAAACCUGCAAGAAUGUGUUGCCACCAUUUGAUAUCUCCUGUUUUUCUUCUUUCGUAUGCAGGCUUGUCACAAGUUUUGCAGUAAAGAUUAGUAGUUAGUAUUGUUUUUUAUGAAGCACUCAAAAGGAAGGAUGCUUAUAUGUAUUGCGUCUCGGUUUUGUCAGCUGAUCUGGAAGCUAUAUCUGGCAGAUAUACUUUAACUGGGGAAUGAAGGUUUUUUUUAUGUGCUAGCCAACAGAUGAUCUGAGGUUUUGUUUCAGAUUCCAUGUUCAGUCAUUAAUAAUGAAUAUUCACAAGCUCUCAGUCUUAAGAUGUUAUGAAUACCAAGCCAGAAUACUCCUCCAGAAAUUCCACCAGUACAACCAGUAUCUGCAAUAAAACCCAUACUUUUAUAUGCACAUUAUCGUAGAGAAUAAUUGGUUUUGUUGAAUCCUGUCCCUUAUUUGAAGUUUGAUUUUGGAUUAGAUUUCAAAAGGAACCAUAGAUUUUUCGGUGAAGUCAUAUAGCACUUAAUUGCCAAGCUGAGUCUUUUAGUAAAUUGUGUUUAGUUCAGUCAACUUUGGUUCAAAGCCAUCAUCUUCUAUUUUCGGUCUUAAUUGAGUUUCCUCUUACACUUCACAAGAAUCCCACGGCUGAUAUAUUUUUAUGGGUUUACCCCACAAUGCUAGUGUGCGUCCGUUGGAAUAACAACGCCCCAAAGUGUCUCCGUUUCUAUGGUUGGACUGCAGUUGGCCAGAACUGGAAUAUGUAAUAGGCAAGUCUCCUUUUUACUAAUUAGAAAAACUGUUAAAUUAAUUGACAUCACUCAUCUGAUUUUUUCAAAAGGCCACCUGCACAAAGUUGUGUGACGUAAUUGAGAAGGUUGCAUAUAAAAUGAAAGUAUAUUGCCAGUGAAGUUAUUUUCCCAAUAUACACUAUUGCUUAACUUAAGUUAGAGGGAGGCCUAUUCAUUGCUUAAAUGGUUCUGCUAGGCAUUAGAAAAGCCUAUGAUGGAAUUGUACUUUUUUUUCCCUGAGAGAGGCUUUAAUGUGGAACUUGUUUUUAUGGGAAUAAGCUCUUACAAAUUUAUUUUUAACUUAAUUGUUCUUUUGUAAUCCGUUACUGGCUUUUUAAUUUCUAGUCUGUGCUUUGUUUUGCUUACUGAUUAAUGUAGACGUGAGUGUUUAGACACAAACUAUAAUAUAAAGCCUGGAGAUAAAUCUUGGCUCUUUACUUUUACCAUAACAUCUGUGAGCUGCAUUCCUUUCCACAAGACAUUAAUAUUUCCCUCCAUGGAGAUUCCUAUAAUGUGAGAAGUAGUGUGAGUUACUGCCCAGUUGGUAUGUACUGUGAAAAAUGCUUGUGCUGUUUCUCACACAUUAUAGUACACUCAGUUUUUCUUACAUGGAGAUGCUAUUUACUUCUGUAUAGAUUAAGGUGAAGUGCGAUUGACUUUGUAUCUGGUCUUUAUUUGUAGUCACUACUUAAAAGAAUCAGCCCCUUUUCAUGUGAAUUGUCCACGUGUCAGAACUUUCCUUAAUGCUUUGAGAUGGAAGCUUUUAUGACUUCAGUUAACACAUGCUAAAUUAUUGGGUGUGGCUGAACAUGAGAGACUGGAAAUUGCUUAACCCUUUUUAGUAGUGUUAAUUUCCUUUAGGCCUUUUUGCAAGGAAGUAGUCCUUUAUUGUUGCUCAUUUCUUUCAGUCAAAUUACAAAUACUAACCCAUGUUAAAUCAUACUUUGCCAAACAUGUGGCUUUGAAAUUUGCUUUUAUCUAACUGGAGGCAUAAGUUAAAUUAAUGCAUUGCUUUUACACAACCUUAGGUGAGGGUGCUUACCCAAUAAACAAAUGUGUGCAUGUCUCUCAUCACAAUGCAAGGUCUUCAGUUUAGGAGGAUGAGGUUUAUUAUAGUGAGAGUUUGCCAGCCAAGCUCUUAGUGGAUGUUAUGAAGGAAAACUGUCCUUUAUACUUUACUUUCAAAGGUUGCUUCACUAUACUUAGUCAUUGGAUUGGCCUAAUUUUUGAGUCAUGUUGUGCUGCACAACAUACUCCAGGCUAUAGAGUAGAUGUUGCUACUGAUGGCAGCAAAAGCCUCAGUAGUGUUCUCGCUCUUGAAGUUCUUGCAGUAAUAAGGACGUUUUAAAAAAUGACAGCUUGUAAUCACAUUAAGAAGUCUUAAUUAGAAAAUAAAACAUUGUGAUGCAAUUGUGCGCUCUAAGUU